AAAGAUGUGUGUUUUCCUGUAAUUUUUCUGUUUUGUUUCAUUUGUUGAUGUUUUAUUCUGGUGUUUGUGGGUCGUGAAAAUGUCGUUCGGAAGAUCGAAUAAUUUUCCUGAUUAUGGUGCAACAAACUCGAUGCUCGGAGGUCGAAGUAAUCCCGGACCCCAGCCGAACUCCAAUUUUGACAUUGCAACAUACCAUCAAUUGUGUGAUAACAUAAGCUGUAAUAUAUUUUCCAUAAACAACAAUGUCACUGCCCUUGAAAAAGCAUCAAAAGAAAUCGGUACUCAAGCUGAUAGUCCAUUACUUAGGAAUAAAAUACACUCCACCCAGCAAAAUACAAAAAACUUGGUGAGCAAUACCACAAAAUUUUUGAAAGAGCUAACAGUUAUUGUUACAAAAGGAGGAAGGGAGCAUAGGCUACAGUCCGAGAGAGUCAGAAAUGAAUUCCAUGCAACAGUGCAGAGAUAUGAUACUCUGCAAAAGCAAUUAGGACCGAAAAUGAAGCGAGCAGAGCUGCCAUUGCCAUCUUCUAGCAAAAAUAUUUGGGCUUUAGAAGAAGAGGAAGAGCAGCAAUCAUUGCUUGAUGCUGACCGUGUUCAGCAGCAGCAAAAGAUGGAAGAGGAGUUAGAGUUUGAGAAGGACUUACUUUUAGAAAGAGAACAAAGGAUUCGACAGAUUGAAUCUGACAUGCUUGAUGUUAAUCAAGUAUUCAAAGAUCUCGCUGCUAUGGUUCAUGAACAAGGAGAUACCAUUGGUAGCAUAGAGCAGAACAUAACUUCUGCUGCAUAUAAUGUCGAAGAAGGAGCACAACAGCUCUCAAAAGCCAGUAGUUAUCAGAGAGCGUAUCGAACAAAGCUGUGUUGUUUGGUUGUCAUAUUAGUUGUUGUAGCAGCUGUCAUUGCAUUAGUGAUUUAUCUUUCUGUUAAUUGAUGUCUAGACUUUUUUUAAAAAUUACCAGGAUUCAUACUGAUUCCAUAUUAAUUUUGGACCGUUCUUAUUUUUAUUUGAAUCCUCCCGAAAUCUAAAAUUUUUCAUUACAUGUCUGUUUUUUAAAAACUUUUUUAUA